AGAACAACAAUAAAGGGUUGCAAGUUCUCAUAAAUUGAUUGUUCAGUGUAGCUUUGGAAAAGAGAAACAACAUAAAGGGAAUAGUUUCAAUCAAAGAAGCUCUCGGCUGAAGUCCGACCCCAGGACUUGAUGGUCACAGAAAUGUGUGUGUGUGAGAUAACAUUGUCAAACAGGGAAUUUUCUGAAUGAAAAUGUGCUAGGCUGACACGAGGUGUAAACAUUAUCAAUCAUCCGGAGAGAGGCAUUUUCUAAAUUAAGAAACUACUCAUGGUGAAGGUUACAGGAAUAUGGUUCCAAGGUUGAGAAGAUAAUAAUGACCGCAUGGAAGAAAUUAUGUAACCAAUGGAGCAAGUUAAAUUCCAGGUUGCUGAAGACAUUAUGUAUCCACAUGUUAUGAAACCACCUGCAAGAAAGCACAAUCAAUUAAAAAGUGCCUUAUUAUCCUAAAAAAGACAGAUCCUGGAGUCCAGUAUCCAGGCAUUACAGUUUGACAUUUUGUUUUACUGAAAGAACCUGUCCAUUGGUUGCCCUGAGCACCUCAUUUUCUAAUUCAUGAGCCAGAGGGAUGCAGGUGCUCAGCUUUCAGAAAGGCUUCUCAUAGCUGCACACAAAGGCCAGACAGAGAAUGUGGUGCAGCUCAUCAACAAGGGGGCCAAAAUAGCUGUCACUAAGCAUGGACGCACUGCGCUGCAUUUGGCUGCGUACAAGGGCCACAUUGAUGUUGUACGAAUUCUGCUGAAAGCCAGUUGUGACCUGGACAUCCAGGAUGAUAGUGAACAAACAGCCUUGCAUCGAGCAGCUGUUGUGGGUAAUACCGAGGUCAUCUCAGCACUCAUUCUUGAGGGAUGUGCUCUAGACCGGCAGGACAAGGAUGGUAACACUGCUCUGCAUGAAGCUUGCUGGCAUGGGUUCAGUCAAUCUGUCAAACUCCUGGUCAAGGCAGGAGCAAAUGUCCAUGCAAAGAAUCAGGCAGGUAACUUAGCCCUCCACUUGGCCUCUCAGAAUGGCCAUUCCCAGAGUUCCCGUGUACUAUUGCUAGGAGGGUCCAGACCUGACAUUAAGAACAGUAUGGGUGACACGUGUUUACACAUUGCUACUCGUUACAAUCAUGUGACUAUUAUUAGAAUCCUCCUGAGUGCUUUCUGUUCUGUUAGUGAGAGGAACCAGGCAGGUGACUCACCACUCCAUAUUGCUGCAGCUCUCAACCACAAGAAAAUAGCAAGACUUCUGUUGGAAGCUGGGGCUGACAGCAACAUUGUCAAUAAUGCAGGGCUGAGCCCUCUGGAAGCAGCUAGAGAUAAUAACAGUCCAGAAGUAGCCCUUCUCCUCACCAAAGCACCACAGGUUCUCAGUUUUUGUCGUGGGAGAAGCCUGAGGAAGAGGAGGGAAAAACUCAAGCAAGAACGAAGAGCCCAAUCUGUGCCUCGUGAUGAAUUGAUCCAGAGUAAGGGAAGUGUCUCAGUGGAUGAUGGCCACAGCAGUGAGCAAGGACAUCAGAAGAAAAAAAAUGGGGAUGAUUUAAUCAGAGUAGCUACACCAGAACAGAAGAAAAAGUGGGAGAGAAAGAAAAAACAGAAGAGUUCCGCUCUUUCUGAUCCCCCUCCACUGACAGACCAGCAGCCUCAACAAGACAAUGCAAAUAUCAGGAAAAGGAAAAGCAAACAUUGCUGCUGUUCCCCAAGUCCACAGCAAGCCGUUCUCCCUCAUAAUUUCCGUGCCUACCAGCUCUAUACAUUAUACAGAAACAAGGAUGGCAAAAUCAUGCAGGCCCCAAUAAAUGGUUGCCGUUGUGAGCCCCUCAUCAAUAAACUUGAGAACCGUCUUGAAGCCACAAAGGAGGAAAUAAAAGCUGAACUUGAGAUUGUGCAAGGAAAGUUGAAUGCAAAACUUGGAGAACUGGAAGGAAGAAAUAAGCAUGAGCUCAGAGUCCUAGAUAAGCUAACAUAUGAGCGGAUCUCUGCUGAGCGGACAGAAUGCCUCCAUCGUAUUGACCAGCGUGCAGUACUUGAGAGACUGGAAGGAGAGAAACGCCAGUCUUCAAUGAUGGAUGAUAUGAAAUCUUGGUGUAUGUCAAAGCUCCAAAAUCUUGAGCUCAAGUUAUCAGGAGAACUGCGAUCAAAAUCUGCAACACCCUCCAGUGAAAAUGUGCCAGAAAGUCUAGGUCCUGAUACCAUUCUAAGCAACAGAGACCACGGAACUGUCCAGACAUAUCCUAUUACACAGCAAGCAGGAGAACAAUUACAACAGCCUUAUAGUCUGUUAGAUGAAUCAGAAGGUGCCAAAGUCCAAUCCCCAGAUGAGGUAUUAGGCAGACAACAGGAUAUUCCGCAAGGAGCUACACAAUUGGUAUUGACUACUUCUAAUUCCUCCUCAACCACUGCCCAAGCAACUUCUCUUCCAGCUGUUCGACCAAAGGAAAGGGCGGUUUGUUCUGCUCCCCCUUCUAAAACACCCCAAGACUUAUCAUCCGUGGAGCAGCCUUUGCCAAAAUCUGGUCAUGUUAAGUUUCAGACUUCUAGUGAAACAUCAGUUGUGAAAACGGACCAAGCAGUGAGUGUUCAUCCAGUUCGGGGACACAAUCAAAGCAAAAGCACCCAGACGAAAAAAUCUCUCAGUGGAAGACAUCGACAACAACAGAGCAGUACGCUGCUUUCCACUGGACAAUGCAUGGAACAACCUCGCACAGUAGUUAAGGAGAGCAUGCCUGUGCUUGAAAUCACACAAUAUUUUUUUGAGGCAGUUUCCACACAGAUGGAAAAGUGGUAUGAGAGGAAGAUUGAGGAAGCAAGAUGUCAAGCUGAUCAGAAGGCCCAUCAAGAUAAAGUCGCUUUGCUGGAGCAGAUUAAAAGCUUAGAAGAAGAAUUACAGAAACUUAGGACUAAAAUGCAGAAAGAUAGCUAGCAAUUCCAGUGAAAGACACUCCUUCCUAUCAAGGAACAUAUCACCUAUGGCAAUAAUAACUGACACAAUAUUCUUAGCCAGAGAGUAGCACAUAAAAAUUAACAUAACAAGUAUAUGUGGGCUUCCACUGUACAGGAGACUUGUAUUUUUAAAAUUGCAUAAUGUUGUUUUACAUUUGUUGGUCUCAAGCUACAGAUUCAACCUUUCGACACUCUAUUUUAGGUCCUCCCUGUAACAUUAAAAAAUAGGUUAUACUUUAUGUUUGUCAAAACUAAGCAUGAAAUAAAUUCACUGAUAGACCCUUACAGCUCUGUAUAGCACAAGUUAGUAAAUUAUUACUUUUGGAAAGUGUUGCAAACAA